UGAGUUUCAGUCUCAGCUUGUACAUGUAAGAAGAAAUUGCAGAAAGACAGACAGAGAGAUACGGUCGCUUGGUCCGGUUGUAAAGAGAAUGAGAGCAGUGUGGAGCCAGUUGAGUAUCAUUUCCAAUUACAAACUUACUCCAACAAUCAGAAGACCAUCCUCCGCAGCAGCAGCGAAUAUGAUGACGACCUCGAAUCGAAACCUAUCAACUGAAGAUCCAGAGCUCAGAGAUUUUGUAGGCUUCUUAGAAUCUCUCAAAAACUACGAGAAAUCAGGUGUCCCAAAAGGAGCUGGAACCGAUUCAAGUGAAGGGUUCGAUCUCGGUAGAAUGAAACGUCUCACGCUUCGUCUCCACAAUCCUCAUCUCAAUUACAAGGUCGUUCAUGUGGCUGGAACCAAGGGAAAAGGUUCAACUUCUGCUUUUCUAUCUAAUGUCUUAAGAGCUGGAGGUUAUUCAGUUGGUUGUUAUUCUAGUCCACAUAUUCUGAGUAUCAAAGAACGCAUUUCUUGUAACGGAGAACCUGUCUCUGCAUCUACUCUUAAUGAUCUUUUCUAUUCAAUCAAACCCAUCAUCGACCAGUCUAUUCAAGAGGAAGAUGGUUCCUUAAGUCAUUUUGAGAUUCUCACUGGGAUAGCCUUUUCUUUGUUUGCAAAGGAGAAUGUCGACAUUGCAGUUAUAGAGGCUGGGCUAGGAGGAGCUCGAGACGCUACAAAUGUCAUCGAAAGUUCAAAUCUUGCUGCAUCAGUUAUAACAACCAUAGGUGAGGAACAUAUGGCUGCUCUUGGAGGUUCCUUGGAAAGCAUAGCAGAGGCCAAAUCUGGAAUUACUAAACAUGGUCGUCCAGUGGUUUUAGGUGGACCGUUUCUUCCUCACAUCAAGGACAUUCUUUACUCUAAAGCAGCUUCAUUGUCCUCACCGGUUGUAUUGGCAUCUGAUAUUGGACCUGGUUCAUCAAUCAAAGGCAUCAUCAACAAAAACGGGAUCGGGCUUUGUCAGUCCUGUGACAUUGUAAUACAAGAUGAAAAAGAUGAGAAACCAAUUGUUGAGCUUGUUGAUGUAAAUCUACGCAUGCUUGGACAUCACCAGCUCCAAAAUGCUGUUACUGCCACAUGUGCAUCUCUCUGUCUUCGAGAUCAAGGAUGGUCGAGAGUGACAGAUGAAGCAAUUAGGAUUGGUUUAGAGAAUACUCGUUUACUUGGUAGAAGUCAGUUUCUUACACCAAAAGAAGCAGAGGCGUUAGAGUUACCUGGAGCAACAGUGCUUCUUGAUGGAGCUCAUACCAAAGAAUCUGCACGAGCUUUAAAGGAGAUGAUAGAGAAGGAAUUUGCAGAGAGGAGACUAGUGUUUGUGGUAGCAAUGGCUAGUGACAAAGAUCAUGUGUCCUUUGCAAAAGAACUUCUCUCAGGUGUGAGACCAGAAGCAGUAGUUCUAACAGAAGCUGACAUUGGUGGAGGCAAGGUUAGAUCAACCUCAUGUUCGGCUUUGAAGGAAUCAUGGAUAAAAGCUGCUGAUGAGUUAGGUUUAGGGUUUAUGGAAGCUUCAGAAGACAAAAGUGUGUUUGGUUCUUUAAAGCUUGCGUAUGAGAUUCUGAAAGAGAACACAACCGGUGAAGCAGGAAUGGUUAUAGUCACUGGUUCACUUCACAUCGUAUCCUCAGUCUUAGCUUCUCUGCAACAUUAAGUUUCUUCUAUCUUCUGUUCUAAUUUAUCACAUUUUUGAGUUAUUUGUAACGGUUUCAUGUUACAUGAAAAAAAAAACACAGAUACCAUUUUGGUU